AUUAGCCAGAUCGCUAUCAACAACCUGAACUUUAGAUCGGCUUUCUGCUGUGUGUUUUCCAUAGUUUUCUUUUUCUUAACCGAUUUUUUCCCCGCGAUGUCCUUUCUAGGGCUAGCCGUGUUAUUCUGCUGCGCUUCAGUGUUGGAGGCCACACCGCUUGUUGGCCGAACGGUUCCUGAUUUCGGCAAUACGUAUCACGUGAAAGGCCUGAUUUCGUUGCCCUAUGCUGAAAUCAAGGAACCAUUUGAAGCCUGGUAUGACCUAGAAGGAAAGAGAAGCAGAAUUGACUAUUACCAUGGCAUGGUCUCCACUUUACAGCUCAGUGCCUUGAUGACACAGGGUGUGGGCUACAAGAUCACACCAGUUACCACGGAGACAGAAUUCAAUGCCAUGAAAUGCUUCCAGGUCAAUGGUACUGAGGAGGCUCCAGUUUUACCUCAGGCAGCCUUGCCCAACAUUCAGGGAUUUCAGUUUGAGCGGAUCGAGUACUAUGCAGGUGUCUUGUGUGAGGUGUGGAAGAACGUUACAAUUAUCGGUCACAAAAAGAACACUUAUCGUCUGUGGGUGGCACACCCAGAUGGAGGGGCAGCCGUGGCCACACCUCAUCACUAUGAGAUGAUGGGCUACAACACGCUGCUGGGCUCCCAUUAUGACAAAUACCUUAUUGACUACAGUGAUUUCAAACCGCAUACUGACCCUAAAGACUUCUCUCUACCAGAAGGUAUAAGCUGUGGCCCAUUUCCUGGUCCAGGGGUGGAGCACCAGCUAUUGGCCAAUCCCAUUCAAGACCUGAUUCAUACAUCCCCUGUUGGACAUGUGCAGCGAUUGUUUGGACACUUUAAAGAAAAAUAUGAGCGUUCCUAUGAAAAUGAAAUGGAGCAUGAAACGCGAGAGCACCACUUUGUACAUAACCUUCGGUAUGUUCACUCCAUGAACAGGGCUGGACUGACUUUCUCUCUCUCUGUGAAUCACCUGGCUGACCGCUCACAGGAUGAGCUGGCCAUAAUGAGGGGAAGACGAGGACGAAAGACUCCCAACAAAGCCCAGCCCUUCCCUAUGGAACUUUGCUCUGUCACCCCACCUGACUCCCUGGACUGGAGGCUCUAUGGUGCUGUGACCCCCGUAAAGGAUCAGGCAGUGUGUGGGUCUUGCUGGAGCUUUGCCUCCACAGGUGCCCUGGAGGGAGCGUUGUUUAUAAAGACAGGGGAGCGAGUGACGCUGUCUCAGCAGAUGCUGGUGGACUGUACAUGGGGCUUUGGUAACAAUGGCUGUGAUGGAGGGGAGGAGUGGAGAGCAUUUGAGUGGGUCAUGAAACAUGGUGGCAUCUCCACUGCAGAGAGCUAUGGAGCAUACACAGGAAUGAACAGCCUGUGUCACUAUAAUGAGUCUACUCUGACUGCCCGGGUGAAGAGCUACACCAAUGUGACCAGCGGAGACAUGGAGGCGCUGAAGGUUGCGCUGUUCAAAAACGGCCCUGCUGCCGUCAGCAUCGAUGCCUCCCACCGCUCUUUCACCUUCUACAGCAACGGCGUGUAUUAUGAACCCUCCUGCAAGAAUGGAAUGGAUGACUUGGACCAUGCUGUGCUGGCAGUGGGUUAUGGGAUGCUGGACAACCAAACUUAUUGGCUUGUGAAGAACUCCUGGUCCACCUACUGGGGCAAUGAUGGCUAUGUGCUCAUGUCAAUGAAGGACAACAACUGUGGGGUAGCAACUGCAGCUACAUAUGUUACAUUGGUCUAAUACAUGUUUUUGCACAUGUGCACAAAUGGACACUUUUUGUAACUGGAGCUGGAUGUGCAGGAUGUCAUGGAGUUCUGCUCUGCAGUGAUUAAGCAUGAUGUUCAGUGAGUGUUCUGCUGAAUAACAGGCACCUAAGAGCCUGAUGGAAUCUAUAUAAAUCUUCUCUCAUAAUCAGACUGUUUUACCUUAAUGCCAGUCACAUGGAAAUACCAUGUUUUCACACAUCCCAACUACCAUGUGAAGUGAUGUAUGUACAUGCAAACAUGGCUGAGAAUCCUGUGGGGAUAUUCUGGAUGCUGAAUGUUGGGCUACGUUUUAAUUAUUAUUAUUUUUUAUUUUUAUUUUUUUAAAGAAAUAUGUUGAAUUUGAUUACCCUAAGACUUCCCUCUUACACACACGUCCAGAAGGAAACUAUGGUCAAAAAGUAAGCCUAAGGCCUUAAUCUAAAUGUUAAAUUGGAGCAUGUCGGAGUGAAUUUUAUAGUAAACAAUUUAUGGUGCAAUAGUGUAAUGAGUGACUGACUGGAAUGCAGGAUGCAAAUUGGUGCAUGAUACACACAACCUAAAGGGGGCACUACUGCUUAGUCCUCUGCCUCAAAAACAUCAACAGGGUUAAACAUGUAUCAAGCCUUGUUUUAUUGAUCAGAUAAAUAAAAAUGUAUUAAUGGGUUA